GCGAGGUGGCCGCAGCGUCCCCGCGCGCGGCCGGGACCGGCAGGAGCGCGGAGCCGCUGCCGCCGCUGCCGCCGCUGCCGCCGCCUCGGCCAUGCGGCUCCAAGGCGGAGGGCCUGGGCUGGGGCCUGCGCCUCCCCCCGCGCGCCGCCCCCGCUGAGCCCACGCCCGGCCGGCCGGGGCGCCGCCCAGCACCAUGGUGCAGAAGUCGCGCAACGGCGGCGUGUACCCCGGCCCUAGCGGGGAGAAAAAGCUCAAGGUGGGCUUCGUGGGGCUGGACCCCGGCGCACCCGACUCCACUCGGGACGGCGCUCUGCUCAUCGCCGGCUCCGAGGCCCCCAAGCGCGGUAGCAUUCUUAGCAAGCCGCGCGCGGGCGGCGCUGGUGCCGGGAAGCCCCCGAAGCGCAACGCCUUCUACCGCAAGCUGCAGAAUUUCCUCUACAACGUGCUGGAGCGGCCCCGUGGCUGGGCGUUCAUCUACCACGCCUACGUGUUCCUGCUGGUCUUCUCCUGCCUGGUGCUCUCCGUCUUCUCCACCAUCAAGGAGUACGAGAAGAGCUCGGAGGGCGCCCUCUACAUCCUGGAAAUCGUGACCAUCGUGGUAUUUGGGGUGGAGUACUUCGUGCGCAUCUGGGCCGCGGGCUGCUGCUGCCGGUACCGCGGCUGGCGGGGGCGACUCAAGUUUGCCCGGAAGCCCUUCUGUGUGAUUGACAUCAUGGUGCUGGUCGCCUCCAUCGCCGUGCUGGCGGCCGGCUCCCAGGGCAACGUCUUCGCCACGUCUGCGCUCCGGAGUCUGCGGUUCCUGCAGAUCCUGCGCAUGAUCCGCAUGGACCGGAGGGGAGGCACCUGGAAACUCCUGGGUUCUGUGGUCUACGCCCACAGCAAGGAGCUGGUCACCGCCUGGUACAUCGGCUUCCUCUGCCUCAUCCUGGCCUCGUUCCUGGUGUACCUGGCAGAGAAGGGUGAGAAUGACCACUUCGACACCUACGCAGACGCACUCUGGUGGGGCCUGAUCACCCUGACCACCAUUGGCUACGGGGACAAGUACCCGCAGACCUGGAACGGAAGGCUCCUGGCAGCGACCUUCACCCUCAUCGGUGUCUCUUUCUUCGCCCUUCCUGCGGGCAUUUUGGGGUCCGGCUUUGCCCUGAAAGUGCAAGAACAGCAUCGGCAGAAGCACUUUGAGAAGAGGCGAAAUCCGGCUGCUGGCCUGAUCCAGUCCGCCUGGAGGUUCUACGCCACCAAUCUGUCCCGCACGGACCUGCACUCCACCUGGCAGUACUACGAGCGCACCGUCACCGUGCCCAUGUACAGCUCACAAACUCAAACCUACGGGGCCUCCAGACUCAUCCCACCUCUCAACCAGCUGGAGCUGCUGAGGAACCUCAAAAGCAAAUCGGGACUCACCUUCAGGAAGGAGCCCCAGCCAGAGCCCUCGCCAAGUAAAGGCAGACCGUGCAGAGGGUGCCUGUGUGGAUGCUGCCCCGGACACUCUAGCCAGAAGGUCAGUUUGAAAGACCGUGUCUUCUCCAGCCCUCGAGGCGUGGCUGCCAAGGGGAAAGGGUCUCCCCAGGCCCAGACGGUCCGGCGGUCACCCAGUGCUGACCAGAGCCUUGAGGACAGCCCAAGCAAGGUGCCCAAGAGUUGGAGCUUUGGAGACCGCAGCAGGGCACGCCAGGCCUUCCGCAUCAGGGGCGCUGCGUCCCGGCAGAACUCAGAAGAAGCAAGUCUCCCUGGGGAGGACGCAGUGGAGGACAACAAGAGCUGCACCUGCGAGUUCGUGACUGAGGACCUGACUCCUGGCCUCAAAGUCAGCAUCAGAGCUGUGUGUGUCAUGCGGUUCCUGGUGUCCAAGCGGAAGUUCAAGGAGAGUCUGCGGCCAUACGACGUGAUGGAUGUCAUUGAGCAGUACUCGGCUGGACACCUGGAUAUGCUGUCCCGCAUCAAGAGCCUGCAGUCCAGGAUAGAUAUGAUUGUGGGCCCCCCACCCCCUUCAACUCCCCGGCACAAGAAGUACCCUACCAAAGGACCCACGGCCCCUCCGGGAGAGUCACCCCAGUACCCACCUAGAGUGGACCAGAUCGUGGGGCGUGGCCCGGCGAUAACGGACAAGGACCGCACCAAGGGCCCUGCGGAGGCAGAACUGCCGGAGGACCCCAGCAUGAUGGGACGCUUAGGCAAGGUGGAGAAGCAGGUCCUGUCCAUGGAGAAGAAGCUGGACUUCCUGGUGAGCAUCUACACGCAGCGCAUGGGCAUCCCACCCACAGAGACCGAGGCCUAUUUCGGGGCCAAAGAGCCUGAGCCAGCGCCGCCAUACCAUAGCCCCGAGGACAGCCGGGAGCACGUGGAGAAACAGGGCUGCAUCGUCAAGGUCAUCCGCUCCAGCAGCUCCACCGGCCAGAGGAACUUCUGCGCGCCCCCUGCCCCGUGCCCACCGUCCACCUCAUGGCAGCAACAGAGCCACCAGCGCCACGGCACCUCCCCCGUGGGAGACCACAGCUCAUUGGUGCGCAUCCCACCGCCACCCGCCCACGAGCGGUCGCUAUCCGCCUACAGCGGGGGCAACCGGGCCAGCACCGAGUUCCUGAGGCUGGAGGACGCUGCGGCCUGCAGGCCCCACGAGGCUGCCCUGCGGGACAGCGACACGUCCAUCUCCAUCCCAUCCGUGGACCACGAGGAGCUGGAACGUUCUUUCAGUGGCUUCAGCAUCUCCCAGUCCAAGGAGAACCUGGACGCUCUCAGUAGCGGCUACGCGGCUGCGGCGCCCUGCGCCAAGGUCCGGCCCUACAUCGCAGAGGGCGAGUCUGACACGGACUCGGACCUCUGCACGCCCUGCGGCCCCCCGCCGCGCUCUGCCACGGGGGAGGGCCCCUUUGGCGAGGUGGGCUGGGCGGGGCCCAGGAAGUGAGGCCGCAGGACCCCGCCCCGCCCCGCGCCGCUCUGCCUGUCUUGUCUUGGGGCUGAGCUCUGCGAGGUCUCUUCCAGAGUGAGUGGGCUGGGGGCACCUUGGGACUGUCAGGCCAAUGCGGGUGCGGCAGGCAGGGCUCUUUGGCUGGUGCAGUGACAUUUUGCAAAAGUUCUUUUCCAACCAGGGGCUGAAGGAGCGCCCUGCAGCAAUAAGCGGUCUCUGCCAGGUCUGUGCGCAGGGACAGACCUUGCCUGGCUGUGAGAAGGGGCCGAGUGACCAAAGGGGCAUGGCUGUGGGGUGUGGGCUGGGACAGGACCCAGGGAGGGUGUGGCUAGGGCAGAUUUGCCCCCUGACAAUGGUGGCCUUGAGGUCUGGUGGGUGCCCAGCAUGGACCUGCAGAUUUAGGAGGGUGUGACGGCUCACUGGGUGUGGCCUGUUCUGGCACCUGACCAUUUGUCCCUGGGUUCCUGCCUGUCCCCAGCGAACCAUCUGGCCUGCCAUCUGACUGUGAUCCGCUGGGCAAUGCCCUGAUCCUUGGGUGCCUGGCUAGAGAGCUGCUGGCCAGCGUCUCCCCCUCCUCCUUCCAGCUCUGUGGGUCUUGCCAUGGGAGCUGCCCCAAGUUCAGGAGCCUUUGCCUGGAGCUAAGGAAGGAGUGAGGCCUUGGGAACAAAAGUGGGGCCCAGUCACCUUGGAGCCUGCUGACUUUGGCUUCUCCUGGGGGCACAGCCUGCAGCCUCCUCUGAUAGGGGCCCUCGAGGCUCCAGUUGCCCUGACCCUGGGCUCUCCCAGGGCACACAGGAGCCAGCAGCUCCCCAGCACAGGAGUUCUGGGUGAGUCCCCAUGACCUGUCCUUUCUCCUGAUUGGCCUGGCUGGGUGCUGGUCACCAGGCUGUGGCUAGCCCUUUGAGUGACCCACACAGUCCUUAGCCAGGGUUCACCCUACUAGUCCACCACCUAUGCCCCAGCAGACCAAGACAGGGCUGGAUCGUGCCAUCUCGGUCAGGAAAGCCCUUGGUCAGUCAGCUCACCCACUGCAGAUGGCUGCCGUGUGUUCUUCCCACCAGAGCUGGACACCCCCAGCCACCUUUUCCACUGGGGGCCCCUGGGCUGUGGUCUCCCAUGUUUUGGGAGUUGAGACCCUCCGUCCCUGACCUUGGUGAGUAGGGACCUUUCUUCCUCCUGUCUAGGUGCCUUGGCCCACUGGGUAUCCAGCUUUAGGGGCCUGAGCCCAGCCACCAGGAGGCAGAGGGGACCUUCUGGUCCUGUGGCAUCUGGCCCAGGAGCCUCAGGCAUUCUGGUGACGGCAUCACAGGGCCUGCGUGCUCUGAAGCAGCAGCUCCCCAGUUUGUGCCAGCUCAGCCCCCCAACUCUGGACCAGGAGGAGAAUUCUUGCCUACUGGAAGAACUUUGAAACAGGGUUAGGGGGAUCACAUGCCCCUGGCCACUGGGGGUCCUGGGCACUGGGACUGGGGAAGCUGUCUGUCAUCAGGAGUGGGCGAGUGGUUGCUGCAGCCUCGGUGCCCUGCCAGGGCACCCAGCUUCCACCGGGGACACUCUGCUAGGCCGCCGGUCAGGAGCCACUGUCCACAUUCUCCUGACACAUCUACUUGGCACUCUGCUUUUCAAGGACAGUAUCCAUGUGGCAGAGAGCCCUUCAGUGUGAGAAAGGUCCCUUCCAGUGUGAAUGGCCACCCCCAUUGGCCCCUCUGGACCAGGUCAGGCCUAGGAUCGAGUCCUCUUGGUGUCAGGUAGGGAGGUUCCAGCUGGGCCCACAGCAGGACAAGGGUGGCCAGCUCCAACACAGCGCCAGCCCUAGCCACUCACCCUGGGGCCCAAGGUCCUAGGCUGCUCUCAGCCAUGCAGGACCACAGGACCUGGAGGAGGGUCUCGCCCCUGAGGGGGGUUUGCUCCUUUGUCACACUGGCACCCUGCGUGCGCCUCAGACACAGCAGGCUCCUGGGCACUGGGGUUCCACAGGGUGAGCAUGGUGGACGGUGGCCUCUCCAGAAGCCCUGACCACCCCCAGGACCGGCAGGAGGGCGUUCCUAGGUUGCAGGAGGAGGGGCAAAGGCUAGUUUGUGGGCUACUCUGAUCAGGAAGGAGGGUUGGUGUCCCUGGCCAUGCAUUUCUGGCCCCUGGGGAAGGGAAGGUGUGGGACUUGGUGGGAUGGUUGGGGGGCCCAUUCCGGGCAAUGAAGGGUAGAUGCUCCCUGUUGGGCCUGCAGACCCAGGCCUGAGCAGCACAGCUGUCCACUGCCCCGGGAUCCCUACCCUCAGAGGAGGCGAGAUGUUUGUGCGACAAGUGUGUGCACUUUCUUGGGGCAGUGACCACCCUGUGGCAUGGGUUCCCUGAAACAAGAUAUUGUUGAGCCUGCAUGUCCAUAUGCCCACUGACACGUCCAGGUCUGCCUGAGACUCCCCUGCACGCUCACGGGCCACGCAUGCAGAUGCACACUUGCAUAUGCACACAUAGCAGAUGUGCACUCACAUGUACACAGACUCAUGUGCACAAGUGCAAGCUCCCAGCAGGUGCACACACAGAGGCACACACACAGGUGUGCAGUUCACACAGCACAUGUACAUCCACAACCACACGUGGCCAGUACACACUCAUGCACUUGUGCACAGCCCACAUGGCACAUACACACGUGCAAACAAACAUUCGCCCACCAAGUUUCUGACUGGGGCUGCCCUUUGUCUCUGGCCUUUUUCUCUUUGACUUUUCCUGAUUCAAACUGCCCAGGGAGGGAGCCACAGGAAUUAACGACUUUACACAGAUGGUUCUAGAAUGCUGAGCACUGGAUGGGGGUUCCUGCUGUCCAAGAUUCCUGGACAACAGUGGCAGAGGGGCCACCUUUAGCCCAUUAAAGGUCCCAUGCUGCCUUCUAUGGCUGGCUGGGCAGCUGUCCAGCACUUGUGGCCUGCCGAAUGCCUAGAGAGGCUGGGCUGGGAUCAGGAGGUCCCAGCACCCUUGGUGUCCAGACAUGUUCUAGCAUUAGCUGUGCUGGCCGCCCGUGCCAUUCUUAGACAUGGUAGCCUGGCCUCAUCACUGCAGGCCCUUUCUCAAACAGUAUUGCUUGUCCACCAUGACAUUUCUGUCUCCUUGGUCACAGCCUCCAGAGUCCAGCCCAUCUGUGGUGGCGGGACACCUGGAGGGUGGGCCCCACCUUCUCCCUCACUCCUGGUCUGGGCAAGGAAGGCGACAGGGCCUUGUCCUGGUCCUGACUGCUCCCUGUGGGAGUCCCUGGCACCCUUGGUGAUAGGUUUCCUCAGCCCGCACCUGGGGGUGGAGAGCCACCGGGACUUCAAGAGCCUCUGCAGGGCACCUCCCAAGCCGGCUCCGACCCUGAGAGUCACUGGACAGGGCUGCUGCAUCUUCUUAUGCACCAGUCUAUUUAGGUCUCCUUGCUGCCUGCGGUGCUAGAGGCCCCAGGGUCAGUGGAUUCAGGACAUUGGUGGAGGGAAGUGGGGAGGCACCAGGUCCACUGCUGCCUCCUGGGUUUGACCAGAUUCAAGGGCCUGUUCUUCAUGAAGAGACGUCAUCUGAGAUCUUUCCAGAUGCUUUCUGAAGGCAAAAGGGGCCCAGGGCUGGGAAGCCUUUUGGAAACACCAGGGUGUAUUUGGGCCACCCUGGCUAUAAAUAAUGUACAGAGUGGAGGCCACGGGCUCUUGUGCUGGACCCUGGCUUGUGUGGCCAGCUGCCAUGAGGCUUCAGCCACCCUCUUAGGUCACAGCUCAGUAGAACAUCGGGGGUGGUUGGGUGGCGCAGCCUCCCUCAGUAGACUCAGAGGUUGGGUUCUGAGUGAGAGGCUCUGCCCAUGGUCCCUGUGGGCCCCAGUGCAAUGGCCAGGGCCAACCUGGUGUGGCCCUCAGUGGCCCUCAGCCAUGGUGCAGACUGCUUGUACCACCUGCUGAUGUACGGACAUGAGCUGUGGGGUGCAGAGGGCUGGGCAGGGCCUCAGGGUCCAUGGGCCAGACUGCUGCCCAGGGAUCCUGUGCAGCUGUCCCGGCCAGCUACCCUGGUUCUGCCUGGGCCCCGGCUGAGCACCGAGGAGGGGAGGUGGAGGGAGGGCUGGCUCGAGGGCAAGACCCCGCUGCUUCUCCCCCUCCCAGAGGCUUGAGCUCCUCUGACUAUGUGCGGGUUCAUUCCAUGUGCCCUGAGCAGAACGGAGGGGGCCGUGGUUUGCUGUCUGGUGAGGUGGACUGAGAGCCAGCUCAGGAAGAGGAGGCUGAGGGGCCUCGGGGGAGGGCAGCACGGGGAAGGCGCUCCUUGGGAGGCGAGGUUGCACAGCUCUGCAGCCUCGGUGGCCCGAGGUGGGGUCGAGGGGGCACUUGAUGCUCGCCUCGUACUGACACUUCAGUGGCCCUGCCCUGAGAGUUCUGCAGUGUCUGACCCUCUGUCCAGUGAGAGAGGAGGGUGGUCCUCGGAGUCGGAGGCUGAGUCCUGGGUCUCCCAGGCAGGAGUGCCCGUCGCUAAAUGCCGCACAUCUAACUCGGACUGGGUUUUACAAAGUUGUUGCCUUAAAGCGUUGUUGACAGAAACUCACUGAGGUCAGCCCAGACCCCUGGCCUCUGUCAGGCGUGGAUACCCGGCCCUGCCUCUGGGCCUGUGGGUCUGACUGGGGCCACCUUGGGCAGCAGAGGUCUCCUGGCUGCCUCUCGAGGAGGCGCUCACGCUGGCUGUCCCUCUUGCACUGCUGUCUGCCCAGGCCCACGUCCAGGCCCACGUCC